CGCGCGGCCCGGAGCUCCACGCCGCCGGAGGCAUGAGGCUGCCGCGGCGCGCGUGGCGGCGGCGCGCGGCGCUGCUGGGGCUGGGCGCGCUGGCGCUGUGCGGGGCGGCACUGCUGUUCCUGGCGCGCUGCGGCCCCGAGGGCGCGCGGGCGGCGGCCAGGCAUGGCCCCGCGCCCGCCGAGCCCGCCGCGCCCGCCGGACCCCGAGCCGCCGCCUUCCUGGCCGUGCUGGUGGCCAGCGCGCCCGGCGCCUUCGAGCGCCGCAGCGCGGUGCGCAGCACGUGGCUGGCGGCGCGGCGCGGCGGCCCUGGAGACGUGUGGGCGCGCUUCGUGGUGGGCACGCGCGGCCUGGGCGCCGAGGAGCUGCGCGCACUGGAGCGCGAGCAGGCGCGGCACGGGGACCUGCUGCUGCUGCCCGCGCUGCGCGACGCCUACGACACCCUGGCCGCCAAGGUGCUGGCCAUGCUGGUCUGGCUGGACGAGCACGUGGCCUUCGAGUUCGUGCUCAAGGCGGACGACGACUCGUUCGCGCGCCUGGACGCCCUGCUGGCCGAGCUGCGCGGACGCGACCCCGCGCGCCGCCGCCGCCUCUACUGGGGCUUCUUCUCGGGGCGCGGGCGCGUCAAGGCGGGGGGCCGCUGGCGCGAGGCCGCCUGGCAGCUGUGCGACUACUACCUGCCCUACGCGCUGGGCGGCGGCUACGUGCUCUCGGCCGACCUGGUGCACUACCUGCGCCUCAGCCGCGACUACCUGCGCACCUGGCACAGCGAGGACGUGUCUCUGGGCGCCUGGCUGGCGCCCGUGGACGUGCAGCGCGAGCACGACCCGCGCUUCGACACCGAGUACAAGUCGCGCGGCUGCAGCAACCAGUACCUGGUGACACACAAGCAGAGCGUGUCCGACAUGUUGGAGAAGCACCAGACGCUGGCACAGCUCGGCCGCCUGUGCCAAGAGGAGGUGCAGCUGCGGCUCUCCUACGUCUACGAUUGGUCUGCACCACCCUCGCAGUGCUGCCAGCGCCGGGAGGGCAUCCCCUAGCGCCCCCCCCCCACGCGCUUGGCAGGCACUGGGGACCUGCUACCAUCUCUUCCCAGCUGAAUGUGGAAGCCUGGUGUCGUGCCAGCCCUGCUUUGCCCGGCCCACGCUCCCGCGGUCUGGACCUGCUCAGUGUUUGCCCAGCACUGGACUUGGCAUGAGUGGUCAGCGUCCCUGGUGGACGCACAUGUGCAGCAUUCGCCCGCGCCAGACUGACCAGCGUGACCUGGAGCCCGGCCCGCAUGUGGCUUUGAAGGGCUGCAGGCCCCGUGGGGGUGGAGGCCGUUGAGGCUCCUGAAUCCGCAUCAGGGCUCCGUUGGAGAAGAGAGCUUACAGGUGACUGCACUGUCCUCGCCUGCCUCGUGUCUGCUGGGCUAGACGGGAGGAGUAAUUACUGCUUGAGCUUUCGCUGACCCCCCACUUGGGCACAUGAAGAGUGGCUGCCUGCAGGAGCUCCUGCACCCUGGGGUCUGUAGGUGCCCUGUGCCUCUCCGUGAGGGGCCGGGCUUCCUGGGGCUUUGCAUCUUGGACCUGUGCGGCAGCAGUGGGAUGUUGGGGGAGGUUGAGUGCAGCCCACUGGCAGCCCUGAGGUGACGGGUGCUGGAGGGCAGUGUGGCAGUGCCCUCAGGACACCGGCCUGCGCAGCUGGGGUGCUGUGUGUCUGCGAUGCCGAGUCAGCUCCCUGCUGACAGCCUGCGAAAGUGUCAGGGAGCCGGAUGCAAGUCUUGGCUGAGACCAGGCAGGGGAGCGGACCAUCUGUGCUCCUCUUGGGGACUCUGCCUUCCGAAUAAAUACCCUGUCUGUGGUCGGCGGCCAGGCAGCUCUCCCACCCACCUCUGUCCCCAGGAGGCUUGAGGUGCAGGCCCUGGGAGUCCAGCUCUGCUCAGAGUUGAACUGUGGGGUGCAGGGUCACCUCCAGGAGGGAGGGCACAGGCCCUCGGGGACUGGGCAGGAGACCCCUGAGGUCAGACCUGGCUCUGCUGGCCUGGGCUCCUACAGGUGGGGUUUGCUGUGAUGGGGACCAUCCCCCACUGGACAGAUGACUUGACAGAAAUGGCUGGCCUGUGGUCCAAACUGCCACUAGACACCCGAGAUGCCAGAGUGGCCCCCGCGGUCAGGUGCCGAGUGGGCA